CAAAGAGUGGCGUCAUGAACAUGUGUCGCAUCAAUACAUUUUUGCAUCCUUCAUAGCCUUUGAAUUUUUCCUCCGAAAAUGUGAGUUGGGGUGGAAGAAGUUUGAACAUUGUUGCAAAGUGCAGGAUGGCCAAAGUGGAUAAAGCUAGGAGAUCCGCAGACAAGACCCGUGACGCACCGCUUGAGCUUAAGUUGACAGGAUCUCAGAUCAAUUUACAAGAAAGACCGCGAAGUAAUCAUGCUUUGAGCAGGUAUUCAUCUCGAAGCUCGUUGAAUAAUCUCAAGCGUCCUGUCUCAGCCACACCUCAUCUCGGAUAUUAUCAGCAAAACACGAUGCGGAAACUUGUGAACUGGAGUCGACCCCAAUCCGCGGAGGCCUCAACUAUUGGGAUCGGGCGUAACAGCAAACUGGCCGCCAACUUUCGUCAGAGUGUCGCAUGUCUCGACGAGCACGAUUUCGGGCUGUACUCCGGUUCGAACCACCUCUCAAGCGAUUCCGACAGCGACCUGGUGUCGGCCUACAACCGCCGAAAGCCGUGCGGAGGGGCAGGCCCGAGUGGUGGCGGCGACACCCGCAACAACCCCUCCUUCUCCAACCGGGGCCUCCACACGGCGACCGACCCCAACCGCGGCCACCACCCGGACCCCGCCAUGGACGUCGUCAACAUCUCCGACGAGGAGAACCUCGACGACAUCGUCGCUCUCAAGUUCCAGCGCUGGUUCCCGAGCUCCCGCACCGACAAGGCCUCCAUGAUCCUCGAACGGAAAGAAACCACGACCGACUCCAACGGCACCGUCUAUCACGCCAGCAAGUUCGAGCUCCGAAACUAUUCCAACACCGAAUCCGUUGUCAACGUCCUCAACGACAUCGACGACGAGGAACUUCUUCGGGACGAUGAGCCGCCCCGGCCCAAGAGCUCCAAAGAACGCAUUCCGCAAGAACACGACGUCGCCAAGAGAUCCUGCACCUCUCGCCAAGAAUCUAGGACCAUAAGUAGUAUACGAGAAUCCGAAAGUUAUCACAAUGGUUUGGAGAACCGAACUCUGGAUCGACAAAACCAGCCCGUUGAAAAUCAGAAGAACGGACUGCGCAGUCCUUAUCCAUCCCUGAGCAAAAACGAUAGUAACAAUAACGCGAAACAGUCCGGGGAAAGCUACGGAAGUUACAGCCUUCUCAACCCCGUCGCGGCGAAGUAUCCGAACAAGAUGAAUUAUGAAAGUGUAUCGGAGUUGAUCGACGGCACGCUGCAUAAGAUCGGUUUCUAUUCGCCACCGCAAGCGAGUAAAACGGAGAACCCUUCGUCUCGACCUCAAACUGGGAACGGUCAAGAAGAUAAAUCGCCGAAGAAUCAUUUUUCUUCGACGUCGUCGUUUUUGUUCAACGCGGCCAACUCGAAGAGGUUCGAUAGCUUCCCCGAGGUCGCGGAUAAGUUCGACAAAGACGCGUGCCAAAGCUCGAAUGUCAGCUCUUGCGGAACCGAUAAGGUGAUGUCGAGCAGCGGGUAUUCGACGGGUAAAACGUCGUCCGAUGUGUACUCCCAACCCAGCAACAGUAAAACAGAUUCGCCCGUCCCAAAUUGCACCCAAAAUGAGCUCGAUUUGACCGGAAAAACGGAGAGUGAUCAAAUGGAACAAUCGGCCAGUUUUCGCACGACGCAAGUCAAGCAAGAUCGGGUUUUGGAAGCUAGGAGUGCAGCUUUACGGGAAGCCGAGCGGAAAAUUUCGGAAAGUAAAUGUGCGGAGGAUAAAUAUAUCCCCACCGUUUACCCUAUUCAAUAUAGCACCAAAGUUCAAACUUUAUCGACGGUUGUGAUAAACGGAGGACCGAUCAGGACCACCAGCAAGGAACUCAGAGAAAACGGCACUUCCUUUGAGCCGGAGCAUAAGGUGAGGUUCGAAACGGACGAUCGUGAUAAAAAUCCGGAGAGUAGAUCCUCAUCCUUCCCGAGCGACUCGGUAAAACUUGGUACAAAUAUACAAAACAUUCUCUCGAAUGAGAAGAUAGAGGAAGUGACAAAAUUUGUGAUCGACGGGCAUUAUAGCAACGAAAUAUUCUAUUCUGUCAACCGGCAGAUAGACCCCUUGAAAAAGUUCGACUCGGCUGAGGAGAGUCGCCACGUAUGCAUGUCUUCCGAAUUGCCUACUCAUCGAUUUGAAGGGGAGGGUCCGCGGCAGAGACCUGCGACCUCCGGCGUGUCCGAUUUCAACACGUGGACCUCGACUAGAAUCGAAUCCGAGGGGAUGAUAGAUAAAACUCGAGACCAAUCCAAUUCGACCAACUCGAGGGUCGGUUCUUCAAAACCCCAAGACGACGUCAAAAAAAGUCUGCCGUACAUGGAGCUGAUGGAUGUGAUAAAAGCCAUAGAAGAGGACGAAAAGGAGACCUCCAAGUAUGGUGCAGGCGACAACGCGACCACCAGUAAAAAAUCAAGUUCCUCCGACAUUUGGACUCUGUUGGACGAGAUCGACGGGAAGACUUUUGACAAGGGAGCCGUCGACCACUCGACGCCGAAAUCGGGGACCAAACCGCGACCGACCCGGAUGAACGACUUGAUUUGUCUGAGUAACGCGGAGCUGGCGCAGAAAGUGAUGACGUUGUCGCUGCAGGUCGAGGACAUGGAAGUCACCCUCGAGACUUCGGCGAAGAGGCUGAGAGACAUGCAGCAGUCGCUGAAGAAACAGAAGGAGGAGAGCGAGGCGGCUAUCAAGCGGCACCAGAAGUUCAUCGACCAGCUCUUGAAGGAGAAGCUGACUCUGACGAACCAGUGCACGAAGAUCAUCGGCGAGAUGGAGAAGCAAUACGACGUGACGCUGAAGAAUCUCGAGGGGAAGUACAAAGUGGAGAUGAAGAAGCAGGAGGAGCGGCAUCUGGCGGCGGAGAAGCUGAGGAAGGAUAAGUGGAUUGACGCGAAGACGCAGAGGAUCAAGGAUAUGACCGUGAAGAGCCUCGAGCCGGAGUUGAAUCGGAUGGCCAAUCAGCAUCAAGAGGAGCUGGCCGAGAUGAAGAAGAUCUACCAGAAGCAGCUCGAGCAGCAGGAGGAGAUGUGCAAUCGGAGAAUGAACGCUCUUAGAGAGAAGAUGGAGACUGAAAAGGAGAACGCGUUGACGUUGGAGAAAGAAGCCGCUAGGAACAAGCUGGAGAAUGAGCUGCAAGAACUGGAGAGAAGAUAUCAAGAUCAGCGGAAAAAGUUGAUUGCGGAUUUGCACGCUGAGCGAGAAUCGAUGGAAAGAGAAAAAGACUCCGUGCUCCUAGAGAGGGAAAGGGAACUUGAAAGAAGGUUCGCGCAAAGGGAGAAGGAGCUCGAGAAAUCAUGGACUGAAAAAGAAAAACUUGCCACGGAAAAACUAGCGGCUAUCGAAGCAAAUUAUAAGUGCGAAAUUAAGAGGAUAAAGGCUGCUGCGGAUGAAGAGAAAGAAAGGUGGCGAGAGGUUGAAUUAGCUAAAUUAAAUGAAAAAGAGAAACUAAUGAGAGAGCAAUGCAAGAGAGAAAGAGACCGGCAUAUAGAAUCAGUGAUCGAAAAACUUGAACGGGAAACCAGCGAAAAAGAACAGGCCAUCGAAAACAAAUUAAAACGUUUGAAGGAGCAACUCGAAAGAGAGAGCGAAGAACACGAGCAAACGACCGAUACUUUGCGGAAAAAACUCACCGAGACCAGGAAUGAGACUCGUGAUAAAGAAGAGCAACUUUCCCAACUCAAAUCUCAACUCUCUAGAGUCGAAUCGGAAAACAACAUGCUCAAAGAGCUUUGCGAUCGUCUAUCAAAGGACCAGGUUGAAGUGCGUAAUUCAGCUUCGAACGAGCUUUCAAACCACAUAUCUAAGCUGAAAAAAGAGUUGGUGCAAAUGCGGCUCAACCACGAGGCUGAAAUUGCUGCUCUCAAGGGCGAGAAAGAAUGGGAAUCAACACAGGUUUGCAACAGGGUUUUAGAGACGGUUGCGAGGAAAGACGAGCGCAUCAGUCAAUUACAGAAGGAUCUAGCUGCUGCCUUAAGCCGAUGCAGUCACUUGGAAAGAAUAUCGGAGGAACAGUAUGGAAGUCAUUCAUGACAGUCGCACAAAGUGUACUCGCAUUGGAACUUUUCCGCGGAUUUGUAAAAUUAGUUUUUAUGAGAUAUCACCUAAAUGCUUCAAACAUAGCAUACAAGCUUGCGGCAAGAUUGAUAUUAGCUUGUGCAAGAUUGUGUAUAAUGAUGCAGCAACCUUGCCGCAAGCCUACCGCAAGGUUGUUGCUCCACAAUUUUUAUGGCGAAUCCGCAAGCUUGCUGCAAGCUUUUGAACAAGCCUCCGGUAAAAUUUCAAAAUUUUCUAAUCAAUCUCAUCAAAUAUUGCAGAGAGCUUACUGCUUGAUUUCAUAAUUUUACUAAGGUUGCUUAUCAAGUUUUGCUGCAAUGUUGAUGUAUGAACUUGCUCUAAGGUUGAUACUCGGUCGCACAUGGGCAGGAUUCCAGGAAGCUUCUAGUGGUAUUUUGAUGCGAGUUUGAAAAAUUUGUUAAUCUGCAAUUUUGAUGCAAAGUUGAUACUAAGUUUCUUGGAAACGCUAUCCAGUGGCAUGACCGCAUGGCUGCAAUUCUGACUCGAGAUGGCGUUUAUCGUUAAACCUCAAAUAAAAACUGACUAUAUUAUAAACAAAUAAAUAUGGGUACCUAUACGUUGUCGUAUGUACCACUUGCGGAACGAUGAGUUACAGAGUGCGAUUCGUCUUAUGUCUAAAGUCGAAAUAAGUCGAAACCCGAAACCUCCUUUUCAACGUUUAAAAAUUCACGAUCAUGUUUCUUUUUUUUUAAACGAAAGCCAACGAAAAUAAAGAACCGAACAAAAAAUCCAAAUGAAGUGUUUUCGCAUUUUAGCCAUCGAGAUAUAGUCGAACCGAUGAAAAAGAUGUUAACAGAGGCUUCAUUUCACCCAAAAUGUAUU